AUGGAGAAAUACGCAAAGAUAGAAAAGUUGGGUGAAGGUACUUAUGGUAUCGUUUACAAGGCAAAGAAUCGUGAUACAACAGAGAUUGUUGCAUUGAAGCGAAUUCGUUUGGACUCUGAAGAUGAAGGUGUACCAUGUACUGCAAUCAGAGAGAUUUCACUAUUGAAAGAAUUGAAACAUCCAAACAUUGUUAGAUUAUAUGAUGUAAUUCAUACAGAGAGAAAGUUAACAUUGGUAUUUGAAUACUUGGAUCAAGAUUUGAAAAAGUACCUCGAUGAGUGCGGAGGUGAAAUCGCCAAGCCAACCAUUAAAUCAUUUAUGUAUCAAUUGUUGAGAGGUGUCGCUUUUUGUCAUGAUCACAGAGUGUUACACAGAGAUCUCAAACCACAAAAUCUUUUAAUCAAUAGAAAAGGUGAAUUGAAAUUGGCAGAUUUUGGUUUGGCUAGAGCAUUUGGUAUUCCAGUGCGUACCUAUUCACAUGAGGUGGUUACACUUUGGUACAGAGCUCCAGAUGUGCUGAUGGGUUCGAGAAAGUAUUCAACACCGAUCGAUAUUUGGUCAGCUGGAUGUAUUUUCGCAGAGAUGGCGUCUGGUCGUCCAUUGUUCCCUGGUUCAGGGACAAGCGACCAGCUUUUUAGAAUAUUUAAGAUUUUAGGUACUCCCAAUGAGGAGAUCUGGCCAACAAUCACUGAACUGCCUGAAUACAAGCCCGACUUUCCUGUACAUCCACCACAUCCAUUGUCAUCGAUCGUUCAUGGACUCGACGACAAAGGUUUGAAUCUACUUCAAAAGAUGCUUCAAUACGAUCCAGCUCAGAGAAUCACUGCCACCCAAGCUUUGAAACAUCCAUACUUUGAUGGUUUAGAGAUUGCACAGUCCACAUCAUAA